AUGGGACACAUGGGAUCGAAUCCCGAGAACAAGAGUACUGGUUCGAACACUUACACACCGUGGAACACUCGUGUGCUGUUUGCAGUGCAAUUCAUCAGCGGACCCAUUAAUCCUUCAGAAAGUGAUGGAGGAUAUCCGGGGUACUGGAGAGAAGGUUUCAUGACGGUGCAGAAAGCUGUGGACAAUGCCAUUUAUGAGAUUCUCACCGGUCACCACAUAGACAUCUUCAACACUGAUCUGAUGGUGAGUUUCAUGCUUGACUUCUCGUUAGGUGGUGUUCACAGCUCGUACACCUGCGACCGCGAUUCAUUUGGGCAACUCGAGAGGCAGAGAGCGAGAAACGGAUUCAAAAAUCUACCGCAAAACUGA